AUGCUGAACAAUACAACGGCCAACGUCAUUUGCAGAAUUGUCUUCGGACGUCGAUUCGAAUACGAUGACGAGGAACUUCAGGGAAUCCUGCGUGGAUUCUUUGAGAACUUUUCUACCAUUUCGGGAAUUUACCGUCGAAGAAUUUGUCGUGUCGUCCUCGAUUUCUUUGCGGCUGGAACUGAGACCACGUCUACCGCUCUUUCUUGGGCUAUACUGUACCUGUGCCUCUAUCCUGAUGUGCAGACAAAAGUACAGUCCGAGCUGGAUACGGUUGUUGGGCGUGGUCGUCAACCAGCCAUCAGUGACCGAGCUCGUCUUCCAUACUGCGAAGCUACCUUGAUGGAGUCGAUGCGAAUCCGACCUGUGUUACCCUUGUCGCUGCCACACACGACUUCCAGGAGUGUCUCCCUAGGAGGAUUCACUAUCCCUCAAGGAAACGACCAUCAUCCGAAUAUUUGGGCCGCCCAUCAUGACCCGGAAGUCUGGGAUGACCCCGACGACUUCCGUCCUGAGCGGUUCCUGGAGAACCAUGACAGUCCGACGGUGAAGAAGAAUGACUCGUGGAUUCCGUUUGGUCUAGGUCGUCGAGAGUGUCUGGGGGCUCAGCUAGCCAAGAUGGAGUCCUUUCUACUGUUCAGAGAUUUGAAUUCAAACUCCUCCUGA